AUGGGUCUUAGGUUUCCUUUGCAAGAAAGAAUCCAUGCGUUAACGGGCUUACUAGGAAUCAAUGAUUUUAUCCUUAUGGGUGGGCUUAAGAAGACAGAAUUGCUCGCGCGUUGUAACAGUCGGGGCAUGUUGCUUACAAAUGCAUCCAGAUCUCCAAGGGUAUGCAUCUUUGUCACCCAGAAACUAGAUCUAACGCAAUUGUUGAAGGCGACCAUGACUGCGGUUCCGAGAGUCCGGAUUCGCGGCCAGCGUGGUCGCUUAGAAGAGGCUGCCCUGGCAGCUGUGGAAAAGCUGCAAUUCCAAUACUGUGGUACCGAGUACUGUCGCGAUGAGAGUAGACUUGACAAGGGAGAGAAGAAUCAAACCAACUUCCCCGUUCAUCCUUUAGGCCUUCUGGCUAUCACAGAGCUCCGCCGACUACCACGACGUUUCCAGCAGGAUGGUGUGGCCCGUAAUGUGCAUGGCUGA